UUCCUUGCAUAAUUGCAUGUGGACAUUUCUGCAUAGAUAAGGAUUCUGCGGUUGGUGAGAGAGUUAUGGUGCACUUGAAAUACUUUUCUUUUUGUACUGUUCAACCGAAAUACUUUAAAGGAAAAAGCUUUCUUUUUCAGCACCGUUCAGAUAACAGGAGAUAGCAGACUUUCACGUGUCCAUUCUGUUUCACAAGAAACUUGAUCCUGAAUUGCUGUCAUAAGUUACUUUGAAGCGUACCCUCUUUUCGAAGGUUCCAUCUUCAAUUUCUGAUGAAGCAUGGCCUUCUACGGCGGCUCUUCCAAUUCUGCUUCUGAUUAUGGUGAGUACAAUUUCAACUCUUAUUCUCUCAAUUAUGAUUAUGCUCAAAUUUCAUCCCCUGCGGCUUAUGAGGGCUAUGAGUACAAUCAACCAUAUUAUGGAUAUGAUCCAAGUUUAUAUUAUGCUCCUAAUUACCCUGCUGAGGCUUACCAAACCAUAUCAUACUCAACCACAACUUAUAGUGAUCCAAAAUCAGUUAUGUACGAUCCAAAUUAUGGUAUGACCCAUCUUGUGAUUUCUUACUCUAAUGUGGAAUUCAAUGUGCCCGAAUUUGAGGAGUAUGACUCAACACCUUAUGGUGGUGGGUAUGACAUUGAUCAGACCUAUGGUAAAGCUCUACCACCUUCAGAUAAAAUUUGCUAUCCUCGUUCUGGCUCAAGUUCAAUUAGUGAUCCCAUUCCCGUGGCCAUAGUGCCAUUGCCUACUAUAAAAGAGGGAACUGAUGAGAAAGCAGUUAUACCACCCCAGAAUGGAACUGCAGUCCAAAUUGCUGAAGAAAAACCUCAGUCACAAGAUAGUGGCAGAGACCAGCCAAGGAAAGUUGAAGACAGUGAGAGUGAGGGAAGUGACGAUGAAGAUGAUUACGAUGUUGAGUCCGGUGUUGGAAGUGGGUUUGGUGAAGGGCACGGUGGAGGACAGGGUUAUGAGAAUGAGAAGCAAGUGGGUCCUCAAUAUCCUAGUGGAUAUGGGUUGGAAGCUGUGGACAUUUGUGAAAGCUUAUUUGGGUAUUGGCCUUGUUUGGAACGUAUGAAGAAGAGAGAAUGUUAUGGCAAUGAAGUUGCUUGCAGAGGUAACCACUGUCAGGAGAACAUGUGGCAAGGUACUGCAGAUUAUCUAUUUGGCAGUCCAUAUCCUUAUGGCGGGAGUGCGGAAGAUGGAAGUGGCUAUGGAGGAGGAGAACCUGUGUAUGCCUAUCAAAGGUACUAUCCAAUGCAAGCACAGUACAAACAGAUUGAUCAUAAUGCCCAGUUUUGGUGACACACCAAAACAAUUUAUUCUGUGAUGUAAUAUGAAAGUUGAAGGUGUAAAGCUUCUUUCUGUGGAAAUAAAUGUGAAAUUUGGAUGUGAA